AUGGAGAAAGCGAUAUCCAUCAUCAUGUCCUACUUGGAUUCGACGUGGGGUGUCUUGCUCCAGGCGAAAUCCCAAUUGUCAACGACAAACGCCAUUUUGAUGCUAUCGAUGUUAGGCAUGAUGUUGUAUAGAGCUUGGGCUGGUGGUGCGAAACCUCCCAAGGUGACUCGCAAGCUCACCGUCGUGUCCGAAGAUGAUUUCCCUCCCAUUGAACCUCUUGACAAGUUUGGUUGGGAGACCACAGAGCCGCUCCAGCUGCGACCGUACAAGCCGAAAUAUAAUCUUACAAUGGCCCUUGAAAACCUUGAGCCAAGCGAACUGAUACCCAUAGAUAAGGAAUAUAAAGAUAGAAUCUAUGAGCGCCGAAAAGUUCUUAAAGAAAAUUAUGAUAUUGCCUUGGGUAUACAUUCAGACAAAGGAACUGUACACCGCGAUGGUGAAGAAGCCCCACUGGUUCACGAUGCCAUCUGCGAGUUAUAUGAAUAUGUUAUGGGAAUAUAUCUCCCGAACAGAUAUCCGACGAUGUUCACAUUGAUGGAUGCAAAAUUUGAAACCGGAAAGGUAUUCAUGUUGCAAAACAAGGUGACUGGGGAAGUCCUACCGGCAAGCGUUUCCCCAGGUGGUUCGUUGAUUAAGGCGUUAGAAACGUUAGCCAAGACGAUUGAUGAGGAUAUGCUUAUUCUAUUGCCAUCUGAGAAUGGGGAGAAGCUCAUAAAAGAGGGUGAUGACGGGCUAAGAGAUAGAAGAAAAGGGGAGAAGAAAGAAUCAUUAAAAACCUCCGUUAGUGAUAAGGGAAACACCAAAUAUGUCCUGCAAGCAUACGCGACAUGCUUUCCUUCUGGCUUCAAUACUCGGGAGAAACUAGGCAAACAGCUGGCCGCUAUACAUGACCCGGUGCCAGGGUAUAAAGAGAAACUUGAAAAGAGUAUGGAUCGCUAUUUUGAAAGGUUGGAAGUUGGGAAAUACAUGAAACGAAUGAAUUGGACCGUCACUGCAGGAGCUGAGCUCUUCUCGGCCUUUGGCGAUAUCCAUUCAUCAAAAAAUGAAGACCUGAGACCAUUGAAAUCCGAGGAACUUGAUCUUGAUGAUACAUUCUUACGCGUUGAACGCCAAACCCUCUAUCGUCUGCCCAAGUCUGGAGCCAUCGUGUUUUCAAUCCAUACCUACAGAUACCCAAUUCAGCAAAUCAAGGAAGAGGGUUCCGGCGAGGAUCUUGCUGCAGCAAUUGAUGGUAUUGAGACAGGAAACAUUCCUCACAUGGGGAAAUAUAAACGAGUCCCGGUAUGGGGACAGGCGGUCAAGGAUUAUCUGAGAAGUUGA